AUGGAUGCACAUGCCCCGCCCGCGCCGCCACCAAAACCUCCGGGAAGCCAUGAAGCCAGCUGGAUAAGCACGCCGGCCGGACCACUGCUGCCACGGCCACCCCCGCCGCCGCCGGACGUGAUCGCGGAGUCACUCAACUCCACCGAUUCCGGCAACGGUAUCGCUACUGCUGUCGCUAGUGUCGCCUCCCAGCAGCAGCAGCAGCAGCAGCAGCAGCACAUCGGUCAUUCCCCCGACGAGCUCGAGGAUCCCGGGGAACAGUGGCUGCCCAAGUUCCUGCAGGACAAAUCUAAGCAAGACCUGGCUGCCAUCCUCUCCAACCCGUCGCUCCUUUCAGCCCUUACCCACUCUCCCUCUACCAUCCAUCCGUCCCUCCAAGCCUCCCAUUCGGCCUUGCAGACGGCUCUUGCGGAGAACGUCGCGCUCGCUUCGCAGCUGCUCGAGCUCGAGGCGCGUGUAACCCAGCAGCGAUCGACUACGCAAGCACAGCUCCUCGCGACGCAUGCACUCGAGAGGCAAUGGCGCGCCAAGCAGUCCGCGAUGGACCACGCCCUGGCCCCUUUCGCUCCCGCAAGCCUGUACCAGCGGCUAGCACAGAGCGUGCUGGAACAGGAAGCCGUGUGCAAGGCGCUGGAGGAGAGCUUUCUGGAAGGGGAGCCCGGCAGCGGCAGCGGUAACGGGGAUGAAAGCGGCGUUGCGACCGAGAAGGAGGUGAUGGACUGGGUUAAGCGGUAUAGGGAAGCAAAAAAAUUGUACUACCUUAGGCAGGAGAGGAAAGAAAGAUGGGACGAAGGGCGAGUCGGUGGCUGGAGGUGA